AUGAUGAGUAUAUAUGGCAGCCAAGCACUCUUUAUAAUUAAUCAAACAAUGGCGGACGUGCAAACAGAGAAAGCCUACAUGAGACAGGAUGGUGUAUCUCUUAAAAGCAAGAAGUUCUUCGCCAAAAAAACAGCUAAAGGAGUUAGAUACUGGAAGAAUGUCGGAUUGGGAUUCAAGACUCCUAAAGAGGCUUAAUCUUAAUCUUAAUUAAAUUUAUAGAGUAGCUCCCGGCCAGGACUGAAGGUCCUUUUCUUCCGCCUUUUGGACGCCUCGCUUGCUUUCCUUCCCUGCUUCCAGUAUGCACCUAAGUGCCACAGGCUACCACUCAGCUCCUUCCGGUCAUGGGGCUUGGUCAUGCUAUCCCGGAAGUAGGCGGACUGGGUCACCGUGCUUCACGUCGCCAGACUAGGGUUAGAGCUAAGGAUUAACUCCUUAGCUCUUGUUGGCUCCUGCCAUGCCCUCCAAAUUGGCACUAGCGGUCCCUAGAGGAAAAACCCUUGCCCCGUGUCCUAUCGGGACGACCCUAGGAUCGUCGUUGUUGGACUGGGAGGGAAACCUAGCCGGACACAAACUACCAGUACCAAUUCCAGACCUUUCCCUGGGCGGAUUGGCUUCAGGCCGCAGCAAGGUCCCCAAUCUCGCCUCAGUUCCGGGAGAGGACGGGUUGGUGUCGUCGCCAUUUUAUUUGUGUGUGACUCCUAAAGAGGCAAUUGAAGGAAACUAUGUUGACAGAAAAUGCCCAUUCACUGGAGAAGUUUCAAUCAGAGGAUUAGAUUAGAUUAAUUAACUGUAGCGGGUCAUGGAGGUUUAUUUCAGCCUCUACCCAGCGCUGCCAGCUUCAAGCUCGCGCCCUAAGCACUGGCUCUGUAGCUCACUCCUUUUUUCUGUCGACGUCACCAAAAAAUGGUGACGUCGCCAGAUAACAGGGAGGCUCACCCAGGUACUCCUUGAUCAGGGGUCUAGUGACCCGGCGCCGUCCUUUCCGGGGAGGGAGAAAAGUAGCCUCCCGGAGUCUCCUUCAGGUCUCCAAAGCUCCCCCACAUAAAGAUCUUCCUCACUUCCCUUCUCAAUCAGAGGAAGAAUUCUAAAAGGAAUGGUAAUUUCAACCAAAAUGAAGCAUACCAUCAUUAUCAGAAGAAAUUAUCUCCACUACAUUCCUAAGUACAAGAGAUUCGAAAAGAGACACAAAAACAUCCCAGCCCACUGCUCACCUGCCUUUUCUCAUGUGAAAGAAGGAGAUAUUGUUACCAUUGGACAAUGCAGACCUAUUUCAAAGACUGUUAGAUUUAAUGUGCUCAAGGUACAGCCUAACCAAAUCUUUGGGUCAGCAAGAAAACAAUUCGUUUUAUUCUAA